AUGGCCUCGAGCUCCCAAACAGCUUCUGCUUCUUUUCCUUCGUCAGCUCCUAGUUGGAAGUAUGAUGUGUUUUUGAGUUUCAGGGGUGUAGAUACUCGCAAGGGUAUUACGUUCGAGUUAUACGAUCGUCUGCAUAACGGAAGAGGAAUUAAAACAUUCAUGGAUGGCCAAGAUCUUGACGUAGGAGCUCUUAUUUCUCCAAGACUCUUCAAGGCAAUCGAAGAAUCAAUGGUUGCAAUUGUUGUUCUCUCCUCAAAUUAUGCUUCUUCGAGUUGGUGUUUGGAGGAACUUACCAAAAUUUGUCAAUGUAUGCAAGAUGAUGAUAGAAUUCUUCCAGUUUUCUAUCAUGUAGAACCCUCUGAUGUACGCUAUCAAAGGAAGAGUUUCGAAGAAGCUUUCACUAAGCAUGAAAACUGUGGGCGACAAAAAAUGGAGAUGCAGCAGUGGAGAGAUGCUUUAAAUAGGGUGGCCAAUUUUUGUGGGUGGCAUACACAAAAUUACAAGACUGAAAGAGAACUUGUCCACGCCAUUGUGAAAUCAGUGUGCAGUAAAGUACGACCUAUCAAAAUUGAUUUUACAAUGUCCAAUGGAGAUUUUAAAGCAUUUGAAGCAACAAAACGAGCUAUGAAUAAGGUCAUGAAUGAGCUAAAUGAUGAUGAGGUCACUGUGAUUGGGGUCUACGGAAUGGGAGGCGUUGGAAAGACAACCAUGGUAAAACACGUCGGUGAACAAAUGAAGAAAAGUAGACUUUUUAAUCAAGUGAUUAUGGCUGUCGUAUCCCAAAACCCUGAUUUGAGGAAAAUUCAAGGCACAUUAGCAGAUUUGCUGGACUUGAAAUUGGAGGAUGAGACAGAAAUAGGAAGAGCCUGUAGAUUGGAGGAGGAGAUAAAAAGAGGAACCAAGAUCCUCAUAAUCUUGGAUGAUGUUUGGAAUAGAAUAGAACUUUCAAGCAUAGGAAUUCCCAGCCACGACAAACUUCAAAGACGCAAUUCCAAAGUCCUUCUCACCACAAGGAGAUUGUCUGUAUGUCAUUUCAUGAACAGCCAUGCUAACAUUCCGCUUGAUAUCUUAUCAGAAGAAGAUGCUUGGAACUUGUUUGUCACAGAAGCAAGACAAUGUUUUGACAGAUCCACCAGUUUUUAUGAUGUGGCGAGGAUGGUGGCUAGAGAAUGCGCUGGCCUACCAGUUGCGUUGAUAGCAGUUGCGAGGGCACUUCGAUAUGCAAGUUUUAAUGAAUGGAAACACUCAGCUCAACGUCUAAAGGCAUCUCAACCUGCCACCCCUGAAGAUGAGGGAGGUGUGUACAAAUGCAUAAAAUUAAGCUAUGAUUACUUAAAAUCUGAUGAAUCCAAAUCAUUCUUCUUGCUUUGUUGUCUGUUCCCGGAUGACUACGACAUCUCAGUUGAUCAGUUGCUGAAGUAUGGAAUUGGGAAAGGGAUGUUUCAAGAUUCCAACAUGCAAGAAGCCAGAGCCACAGCACAUUUAGUGGUCAAGUCCCUUCAAGCUUCUAGCUUGCUUUUGGACUCUAAGAAGGAUGGAUGCGUAAGGAUGCAUGAUGUCAUUCGGGAUGUGGCCAUUUUAAUUUCAAUAUCUGAAGUUGGUAACCAGGUUUUUGUGAAAGCUAGUCAUGACUUGAAGCAUUGGCCAAUGAUUAAUGCGCACAAAGGCUACUCUGCCAUCUCAGUAAUGAAGAACCAAAUUGGAAAACUACCUAAAGAGUUGGUAUGUCCAAACCUCAGAAUUUUACUGCUUCAACAUAAUCCAAAUUUAAAUGAGAUACCCGAGACUUUUCUUCAUACCCUGAAUGAACUAGGAGUCUUGGAUCUUAGCUACACUAGUAUUUCAUUACUACCCCAAUCACUUAGUCUCCUAACCAACCUUCAAGCUUUGUAUUUAGAUUGUUGCAAGAAAAUAAUUGACUUUUCCAUACUCGGAAAACUUGAGAAGCUUGAGAUUCUUAGUAUGAGAGAAUACCCUCUCAAGGAAUUGUCAAGGGAAAUAGGACGCUUGACCAAUUUAAGAAUGCUGGAUGUCAGUGAUGGUUCAUGGCAUGGACAUAUUGUUACAAUUCCAACUAAAGUGAUAUCAAAGAUGCAUAAGCUAGAAGAACUGUACAUGCAUUGCAGAUUUGGAGAGUGGGGGAGUAAAGUCAAGGAAGAAGGAGAAGAGACUAAUAUUGGAUUCGACGAGUUAACUGGCUUAUCAUACUUGUACAUCUUGACGGUUCGCAUAUGCGAUGUAAAAUGUUUGCCUAAAUGUGUUGAGUUCAUUCCAAACUGGAUCUACUUUGAUAUCCGUUUCGGUGGAGACAGAAGAGCACCUCAUAUUCAGUCUCAGAUUGGUCAUGAAUAUUCCAGAUCCUUGCUUCUUAACACCACUAUCUGCACCUUACCAGAUUGGUUUGUUAGCGUGGUGACAAAGAAAACGGAGAAUCUACAGUUUGCAAAGUGCGAAGGCUUAAAUAACAUUCUUGUGGAAUAUGACCGUGGGAAGUUAUGCGAGCUAAAGCAUCUCUCUAUUAUUGGCCCAUGUGAGAAGUUGAAAGAGCUGAUGAACAUAACAAGUUGGUAUUCACAUAAACCUGUAUUCGAGAACUUGGAGGAGUUGCAUUUGGAUGGUGUGAAAUCCCUAACUAAAUUAUGUGUUGGUGAAUUACCGAUAGGAUCUUUGUUUAAUCUUAAGCUGUUGAAUGUCUGCAAUUGUCGUAACUUGGGGGAUGUACUGUUGUCAUCAAAACUGCUGCGGAGACUGCCAAAUCUGGAAAAGGUGAUUUGCAAUGUUAUGAUUAGCAUGGAAUAUGUAUUCGGAUACGAAGGGUUUGAGCCAGAAGAAUCAAAGCUCAGAGAGAUGACAAUGUUGAGUCUGUAUGCUCUAAGAAGCAUAUGUAAUGGUCCUGCUCCACGGACAAUGUUCCAGACUCUGAAAAGUUUGCUCAUUUACCAUUGUGAUCAGCUUGGAGGAAGCCUCUUCACAUAUGAUGUAGCUCAGUGCCUUUUUCAUCUGGAAGACCUUUUUAUAUUCAGUUGCCCUCUCUUGAAAAAUUUGAUUGAAGCAAGCGAGGAAACAGUGAGCAAGAAGAAGAUCGUUCUUCCAAAAAUGAAGAGCUUAGUUUUGCUGAUGCUUCCAAGACUGUCUAGCGAAAAUGCUAUUCAUAUUGAGUCCCCUUCAUUGAUGCAUUUAUAUAUCCAAUAUUGCCCCAACUUCUUGAAUGAUGCUAUUAUUUUCCACAACAAGAACCAAGUCCAACUGAAUGAUGAACUACAAAUGAGGUUUCUAUGGUCGAGAUUGAUGAAUAACAUACCGUAGUUACAAGAAACACGAAAGAUCUUCAUUGGCACAGACCAGGAUUUCUCAGCUGCUUGUGAAGCUUUAAUUAGUCACUCAUGUACACGUACUGCUGCUAAUUAUAUCUUUAAAAUUCAUAUUUUUGUUUGGAUGUAUAUACAUCUUGUUCUUGAUUCUAUAAUCUCUCUCUGAU